AUGAUUCCUCUACGCCGACCAAGAGCCAGACUACUUCCAUUUGGCUUGGGAGCUGGGCUCUUCCUCUGGGUCGUCCUAUAUUUCUCCUGGCCUGCACUCGAUCACCCAUUACGUCCCCCUCCGUUCCUCGGUGGGUCACUGCCUAGUCAUACCAGCAAGAAAUGGGGCGGGCGCGCCGACGCGGUGCGGCGCGCAUUUCGCCAUGCGUAUGCAGGAUACAAGGAGUAUGCAGGGGACAGCGAUGAGCUGCUGCCCCUCACGGACGGGCAGGUGGACAAUUUCAACGGAUGGGGCGUAACCUUGGUAGACGGACUUGACACCAUGUGGAUAAUGGGUCUCCGUCGUGAAUUUCAGCAGGCAAUGCCUGUUGUCGCUAAUAUGACCUUCGCUCUCGGCAAGAGAUCGUAUGCUCCAUUUUUCGAGACCGUAAUCAGAUACCUCGGAGGUCUGCUCUCCGCAUAUGCACUGUCCGGCGAGCCCAUCCUACUUGCGCGCGCAGAUGACCUCGGGAGAUUGCUGCUCCCCGCGCUUAACACCUCGUCCGGGCUGCCUAUGUAUGCAGUCAAUACUGUUACAGGGGAGACCAGGGAGGGCUGGAGCCUGGGAACAGUGCUUUUGGCCGAAGCACUCAGCUGCCAGCUUGAAUACAAGUACCUCGCGCAUUUGACAGGCCGAAGGGAAUAUUUCCAACGUGUUGAUCGAAUCAUGGACAUCAUGCGCGACGCUAACGUCACGGAAGGAAAAUUCCCAACCAGAUGGAGCUCGGGUAAAGCAGUGCCAAAGAAUGACCAGUUUUCCGUCGGUGCAUUUGCUGACAGCGCGCACGAAUACCUACUCAAACAGUGGUUACUGACGUCUAAAUCCGAAACCAAAGCGCACGAUUUGUAUGUGCGUGCUGCGACCAGCAUCAUCGAGAACCUGCUCUACAUCACACCCAAUCGACAGCUGCUCUAUGUGACUGACACCACGCACGGUGUGCCCAGCCACACCUUCGAACACCUCUCAUGCUUCCUCCCCGGCCUGCUCGCCCUAGGCGCGCACACAGUCGAUCUGACUCCCCGUGAUGCGCAGGUGCACCGCUGGGCCGCACAGGGCCUUGCAUACACUUGUUGGAUGUCGUAUGCGGACCACGCGAGCGGACUAGGGCCGGACGAGAUGCACAUGGAGUCCAUACCGAAGUCGGUCGAGAACCCGCAUGGCGGGCUGUGGGUCGAUCACCUCGAGCGGUGGGAGGCGGCGGGUCGAGAGGGAAACGUACCGCCUGGACUGAGGGAGGGCCCGCCGCGGGCGAAGGGCGAACGGGACUAUGGCGCACGCAAGUCUGGAUAUUUUUUGCGUCCUGAGACAGUGGAGAGCUUCUAUCUCCUGUGGCGGACAACGGGUGACGAGGUCUGGCGGGAACGGGGCUGGGCGGUGUUCCAGGCGAUUGAGAGGGAGGCGAAGACGGAGAGUGGUUAUGCGAGCUUAUUCUCUGUCGAAGAGUCUCCCGCACCAAAGAAAAACGAGAUGCCGAGCUUUUUCAUGGCAGAAACAUUGAAAUACCUAUAUCUGCUCUUUACAGACGAAGAGCUAAUACCACUAGAUCAAUGGGUGUUCAACACGGAGGCGCAUCCUUUGCCUAUUUUCAAGUGGUCUGACUGGGAGAAGGAGCUGUACAAGAUACAAUAA